UUACGAGCUGUAUUCAAUGAAUAUUCGUUAAUUAGUGAACGUGAUUUGGAAGAGGAAAUGCGUGGACAUGCAGUCGAUUGUAUACUGUCUAUUGUCCGUUGCAUACAAAAUAGACCAAGAUAUUUUGCUGAAAAAUUAGUCAAAGCUACGGAACAUACAGAAAAAGAUCAUGGAACAAUUAUUCGAAUUAUUGUCUCUCGUUGUGAAGUGGAUUUGGGACGAAUUAUGGAAGAAUUUCUUGAUUUCAAUGGCAAAACAAUAUAUAAGCUUAUAGGAAUCGAUUAUUAUAUAAACGACUCACCAUGUUUCGUAAAAUUAAUUAUUUAUCAAAAUUUAUUGGAUGGAGUACAUAAUGGUUGCCGUCGUCUGUUAUCGAAGCUUAUCGUGAGAUAAUCUACUUACCAAUUACAUUAUUAAUCAUAUAUUUACAGUGAUUAAAGUCAUCAAACAAUUACGAAUUUAUUCUGUAGACGUCAACGAUUUUCUGCUUUACAAAAUUUAUUUGUUGACAUGUUUCGAUUCACAAUUAACAAGAGCAUUCACCUCGUUUAACAAGAGUUGUAUUAACAAAUGAAAAGAUUAUUAUUCACACUUAUUUUCUCCCCCUAUAUCCUUUCUCACUCCCUCUCUCCGUCUGUCUUUACCCUAUACUCCAUUUGAUUGAUCUCCUAAG